AUGGCUUUCUCCCCAGGAGCAUGGCCGGCGAUCACUGCAAUCUUGCUGGUGCACGGCCUGUUCGCUGCCUUCCCAGCGACUUCGGUAGACGUGGGCGACAUGCUGAUGAUGGACAGGUUCCGCCAAUGGCAAGCCACGCACAACCGGUCGUACCUAAGCGUCGAGGAGAGGCUGCGGCGCUUCCAGGUGUACCGCGACAACAUGGAGUACAUCGACGCCACCAACCGGCGUGGCGACCUCACCUACGAGCUCGGUGAAAACGAGUUUGCCAACCUCACCCAGGAGGAGUUCCUGGCGAGGUAUGCUUCCUCCUACGAUGGCGCCGGUGAUAAUACGGGCAUCACAAUGCCCGCGAGCGGUGGCGACGCCGAGCUGUGGUCGUCUGGCGGCGAGGAUAACUCCUUGGAGGCUCCGCCUCCGCCUAGCAUGGAUUGGAGGGCCAAAGGCGCCGUCACGCCGCCCAAGUCCCAAAGCUCAUCAUGCUCCAGCUGUUGGGCGUUCGUGACGGUUGCGACGAUCGAGACCCUGAACUGGAUCAGGACGGGGAAGCUGGUGUCCCUCUCGGAGCAGCAGCUGGUGGACUGCGACCAGUACGACGGUGGGUGCAACCGCGGCUCCUACAACAGGGCCUUCAAGUGGAUUGUGGAGAAUGGUGGCCUCACCACGGAGGCGGAGUACCCAUACACGGCGGUGAGGGGCGCCUGCAACCGCGCCAAGUCCGCCCACCACGUCGUCCAGAUCAGCGGCAGCGGUGUGAUUCCGCCCAGGAACGAGCCCGAAAUGCAGCGCGCCGUUGCCGGGCAGCCCAUUGGCGUGGCCAUCGAGGUCGGCAGCGGCAUGCAGUUCUACAGGAGCGGCGUUUACUCGGGCCCUUGCGGGACAGCGCUCGCUCACGCCGUCACCGUCGUCGGCUACGGUGUCGACGCAGGGGUCAAGUACUGGAUCGUGAAGAACUCGUGGGGGCAGACAUGGGGUGAGGGCGGUUACAUCCGCAUGCGCCGCGAUGUCGGUGGCCCGGGGCUCUGCGGCAUCGCACUGGACGUCGCCUACCCGAAAAUGGCGAGGUGA